AUGAUUGUCGCUUCGCAUCUAACGCCACAAAAGAGUAAAGUUGAUCCUGAAGAAAUAUUCGAACGGCAUGAUCAUAUCGGUCGAGGAUCGUUUGGAGAAGUUUAUAAAGGUAUAAAUAAGAAAUCGUCCAACGUGGUAGCCAUCAAGAUAAUCGACUUGGAGAAAGCUGAAGAUGAAAUCGAGGAUAUUCAACAAGAAAUUCAAGUACUUUCCCAGUGUAAUUCGUCAUAUAUCACGAAAUACUUUGGUUCUUAUUUAAAAGGAACAAAACUAUGGAUUGUUAUGGAAUAUCUCGGUGGUGGUUCAGCACUUGAUCUUAUGAAACCAGGCCCAUUUGACGAACAGUAUAUUGCUAUAAUCUUACGAGAAGUCCUCAAAGGCCUCGAAUAUUUACAUUCGGAGAAGAAAAUCCAUCGUGACAUUAAAGCAGCGAAUGUUCUCUUAUCGGAAAACGGCGAUGUUAAACUAGCUGACUUCGGUGUCGCUAAACAAUUAACGGAUUCGAUCAGUAAAGGAAACACAUUCGUUGGAACACCAUUUUGGAUGUCACCAGAAGUGAUCAUGCAACAUAAAUACGAUUAUUCAGCGGAUAUUUGGUCACUUGGUAUAACAGCGAUUGAAUUAGCUAAAGGUGAACCGCCCUACUCUGACCUCCAUCCCAUGAGAGUCCUUUUACAAAUACCAAAGAAUUCACCGCCGCAAUUAGUUGGCAAUUAUUCGAAAUUUUUUCGAGAAUUCGUUGAAGCGUGUUUACAAAAGAAUCCUGAGCAUAGACCAACAGCUCAGCAAUUGCGUCGUUUAAAAUUUGUUUCUCUAAAUAAAUCAACUAGAUUUCUAGUUGAGUUGAUCGAACGAUACAGACGAUGGAAAGAAAGUCAUAAAAAUGGUGGAGGAUCAGAUAGUGAUUCAGGUUCCGAUGACGACAUGCCAAAAGACAAAACAUUUCGAUGGAAAUUUGAUGGUGACGAUACAGUUAGAUUAUCAUCUGGAAAUGGAAUUUAUCCUCCCGCUGAAUCAAUUGAAUUAAAUCCGGUAUUUAAAUCAAUUUUUGAUGAUCUUGCUAUUCGGUUCAAUAUUCCAACAGCACCAGUUAGUAAUAACUCAUCGAAUGGUCUCGCACGUAAUGUUCAAACUGGUGCUGAAUUGUUUCAAAAUCUACGGCGUGUAUUUGAAAAUGCUCAGAUGCGUUAUCCGGGUUUUAGCGAUGACUUUGUUCGUACAAUGCGUGAACACAUAUCCAAAGUCAAUUAUCCACCACCUCCGCCACCGAUGGCAGCGUCGUCUAAUCGAAGUAAUUCAACAGUCGACGACAAUAACAGUCAACUGUUACCUGGUGUUGUCAAACUGAGAAUUUAA